CUUGGUAACGGUGGAGUGAUGUUGCAGCCUUGGAGGAACUUGCCUGCCCUCUCAGAACUGUAUCUCCCUUCCUGCUGCUACCAUGACUGCUGCACUCCUAGGGGAAUGAAGAAAAGGUAGCGCUGAUCCAAAGGCUAUGCUUGGAUGUGGGAAUCAUAGGACCCCUUCUUGGACCAAAAGUUGCCAUUUCCAUCUUUGAAAAGAUGCAAGCACAAGAGAUCCUAAGGAACCUGCGACUUCCAGAAUUUGAAGAUUUCAGCCAGUUUUUCCGAAGUUUGCCUGCUACCACUUUGGUCGGCAUUGGUGCCUUUGCAGCCGUUGUUGCGUAUUGGCUGGCUAGCCGGCCCAAAGCAGUGAAACCACCAUGUGACCUCCAGAUGCAAUCAGAAGAAGUUGAGGGCUGGAAUGGUGCACGAAGAUCUGUAAUUGGUGACAGCUCACAAUUGCUAACUCACUACUAUGAUGAUGCAAGAACCAUGUAUGAGGUUUUUAGGAGAGGGUUUAAUAUAUCUGAAAAUGGACCUUGUUUAGGAUUCAGGAAACCCAAACAGCCUUACCAGUGGCUGUCCUAUAAAGAGGUUGCUGAGAGAGCAGAAGCAUUGGGAUCAGGCUUACUCCAAAAAGGAUGCAAGCCAUCGACAAGUCAGUUUAUCGGAGUCUUUGCUCAAAACCGGCCAGAGUGGAUCAUUUCUGAGCUGGCUUGCUAUACCUAUUCUAUGGUUGUCGUUCCACUGUAUGAUACAUUAGGCCCUGGAGCCAUUCGUUAUAUUAUCAACACAGCCGAUAUUGCAAUAGUAGUUUGUGACAAACCUGAAAAAGCCAGAGUCUUAUUAGAACAUGUAGAGAAAAAAGAAACCCCAGGCUUGAAAUUCAUUAUUUUGAUGGACCCGUUCGAGAAGGAUCUUAAAGGAAGAGGAGAACAGUGUGGAGUCCAAAUCCAGGCUAUGCAGGAAGUAGAGGACUGCGGUCGAGAAUGUUGGCAUGCUCCUGUCCCACCUCGACCAGAAGAUUUAUCAAUUGUAUGCUUUACUAGUGGCACUACAGGUAACCCCAAAGGAGCAAUGCUGACACAUGGGAAUGUGGUUGCUGAUUUUUCAGGUUUUUUGAAAGUAACAGAGAGUCAGUGGUCUCCUACAUAUGAGGAUGUACACAUUUCCUAUUUGCCUUUAGCACACAUGUUUGAGAGAAUGGUGCAGUCUGUAGUGUAUUGCCAUGGGGGCCGAAUUGGGUUCUUCCAAGGGGACAUUCGCUUGCUGUCCGAUGAUAUGAAGGCAUUGCGCCCAACCAUCUUCCCUGUUGUGCCAAGGCUGCUAAACAGAAUGUAUGAUAAGAUCUUCAGCCAAGCAGACACCCCACUAAAACGCUGGCUUCUGGAAUUUGCCGCCAAGCGUAAAAAGGCAGAAGUUCAAAGCGGGAUCAUUAGGAACGACAGUCUGUGGGAUAAACUGUUCUUCAAUAAAAUACAGGCAAGCCUGGGUGGUUGUGUUAGGAUGAUUGUCACUGGAGCUGCUCCUGCUUCUCCCACUGUCUUGGGUUUUCUUCGAGCAUCCUUAGGAUGUCAGGUUUAUGAAGGCUAUGGUCAAACUGAAUGCACUGCUGGGUGUACCUUUACCACUCCAGGGGACUGGACAUCAGGUCAUGUAGGAGCACCUUUGCCCUGUAACCUAAUCAAGCUGGUGGAUGUAGAAGAACUUAAUUAUUUUUCUUCCAAAGGGGAAGGCGAGAUCUGUGUGAAAGGUCCAAAUGUUUUCAAGGGCUACCUGAAGGAUGAUGAGAGAACUGCUGAAGCAUUAGACAAAGAGGGAUGGCUUCAUACAGGGGAUGUCGGAAAAUGGUUGUCUAAUGGUACACUAAAAAUCAUUGAUCGAAAGAAGCAUAUAUUUAAAUUGGCUCAGGGAGAAUACAUUGCACCAGAAAAAAUUGAAAAUAUCUACAUUCGUAGUGAACCUGUCUCCCAGAUGUAUGUGCAUGGAGAUAGUUUACAGGCCUUUUUGGUGGGAAUUGUUGUGCCUGACACUGAAAUCAUGCCAGGCUGGGCCAAGAAGAAGGGCUUUGAUGGAACUUUUGCAGACCUUUGUAAAAAUAUGGAAUUGAAAAAAGCAAUAAUGGAAGACAUGGUCCAGUUAGGGAAAGAGAGUGGACUUCAUUCGUUUGAACAGGUUAAAGCUGUAUAUAUCCACUCUGAAAUGUUCUCUGUACAAAAUGGCUUAUUAACACCUACAUUAAAAGCUAAGAGACCAGAGCUAAGAGAAUACUUCAAGAAACAGAUAGAAGAGCUUUAUUCAAGCAUCUCCAUCUGAUAGCAGGGGAAGGUUCUUCAGAAUAAUGUACUCUGUAGCAAUAUUAGGAUAAUGCUGGAAAGUGAAAAGGAUGCAGUUGAAAUGAAUAAGCAUCUGACCUUCCACAUGAGCCUUCUGUUGUCUGAAGACACUGUCACUGAGUAAUUCCAUUGCCAUCUAGUUUUAGUUCCUCUUGUAAUGGAUGCUCUAGAAGAAUGCUUGAAAUGCAAUGGACUACAAGAAUUAAGCUGUUUUAAAUUCUACCCCCUCUGAAAGACAUCUUUGUUAUUAAAUGCUUUCAAAAUUCACUUAGCAAACAAAAAGGAAACAUUGGUUGAAUCUGCCAACUUUGUCUGAUAUUCUUAUGAUCCUGGAUGUUUUAGUCAUGUGACCUAUAGCAUUUCCAGAUGCCCCUUUGGAUGGAGACCUCUUAGAAGCAAGAUGUCUUUGCUAUGAUUGACAGGUUGUACAUCAUACACAAAGCUUCUUUAAUAUGGUAGAAUCUCCUCAACUGUUACUGAGUGUAAAUUUCACCAAGAAUCUCUCCUUGCAGCGGAGCUCUUAAUAGUACCAGAGUCCCAGUCAGGGACACAUUGGAGACAAAGACUAGUGGUCUACCUCAAAUAUUCUUUGAUAAUCAAAACCACAAACAAAUGUCACCCUGAUCUAGAACAUAAAGCUGAAAUGGUUUGUUUUUUAAAUGGCAGCCUUUAUUUUCUAUAGAACAAAACACUGAAUUUAUUGAGUAAUCAAUUCAUAUAAGAAUUUGGAUAGAAAGAAUUUGGAUUUCAUAUCUGCUAAGUGCAGUAUACCUGGUGGCACAUUGUGGAGGAAUACUAACCUGUAAUUUUCAGAAAUAGUAUAGGUCUGAAAGAGUGUAACUGUAGAACUGAGUUUAUGGAUAAGAGCUCAUGCUUUGAAAUGUGGCUCUGUCCCCGAGGUAGUUCCACUUUUCUAAAUCAUUGCCACAGUAAACCCUAGAUAGGGAAGCUGUCUUAUGACUAUGACACCAGGUGCUGUUUCUAAUGCAGUUAAGCAUUAAUGGGCCAUCUGAAAAACAUUUCCCUUUCUUACAUACACCAAUGAAAGCAACCAUUGUCAGUCCAACAUUACUUCCAUGCUACCACUUUCAUACGACUGUAUCCACAUAGGGAAAUUUGAGGAAAAGAGUCAGGGAUCUUUGGGCCACCAGAUGUUUUGGACUUCACCUCCCCAAACAUCUAGCCUGUAUGAUCAAUAAUAAGAGGUUGUAAAAACUGCCCUGCAAAUCAUCUGAAGGACCAAAUGUCCCCCACAACAUUCUUCUUUUUCAAUGCUUCUAAACAUUUCAAAGAUAUCAAGAAUUAAAAUCAUCCUUUGCCGGAACCUACUAAACUGAAUUCACAAUUACAUUAAAAAUGGUAUAAAGUAAUUUCACUAUAUCAAGAUAACAGAUUAUCUAGAGAAUACAAACUUUUCAAUUUUUCUAACCUAUGCUAAAAAGACUAAGCUAUUCCUCCAUACCUUUCUGGAAUGUCUUGCCUUAGCUGGAAAAUGAAAUAAGGCAGUGAAGUUCUCAUGCAAAAAGUAAUUUAUAAAAAUUUCUUUAAGGCUUCAGAAAGUGAUUGUGUGUUUCAUGCAGUAUUUUAGGUACAGAAGAAAUAUGUGUGUAAAUGCCCAGCCUUAAAGGGAUUUAUUCUUCACCUUCCUUCUCUAGUCAUAUCAUGCAAAACAAGGACAAAUAUGGCUUGGUACAGACUUCUAUAUUUGUCAAUCCUAGAAUGAUGACACUGUGGUCAUGACAUUUAGUGGUCCAAUAGUAUACAUAUGGGGCCAAUCAUAAAGGUACUUGGAACCUGGAAAAGUCGCUUCCUUGGAUUACAACUUGCUUGGGAUUUCUGGAAGCUGUAGUCCAAAGAAAGACCCCCCCCCCAAAAAAAAAAUGUUGACCUUGUCAUCACCCUUAUUCUUAGAUGAUCAACAAAUGUUCUGGAAUGACAUACCCACAUAGCUAUAUGUUUUUAGAUAUUGCGACAAAACUUAGACUGAAAUCACAUUAUGAAUCUUACAAUGCAGUUAUGAUGGGCACGUUACAAAGCAGACGCACCUAGCUUGAGCUAUUCAUGUUUUUUAAAAUUACUUAUGAAUUCAUUCCAAAAGUAAAUGACCAGUAUUUAGAUCAAUUGUUAGAGCAAAAUACUUAUACAAGGAUAUAUUUGCUUUCACUUGGGUAAUGUCAUAGAUUGUGAGACAAUUGUGCUUUGAAACUUUCUGUUUGUAGGGAAAAUAUUUAGGAUCAGAAUUGUAAUACCUGGAUCCAAACAAAUGUUGCUAGUAUGAGUUUGUGAUGUAGUGUAUCAGCUUCUACAAGCACAACAGAAGGAGCUGUGGGAUUGUACUAACAGGCAAGAUUUGUGCCCCAAUCCAAUCAAACGUAUGAAAUCCUAGUCACAACAAAGUCAAUGACGCUUGGGCAGUGGACCCUAGAAUUUCAUAUAUAUUUUGAUUCAGAUAUAAAAUUAAGAGUUCAAAAAAUAACAUCCCACUGUGACACAAACAUUACUGGAGUGAAAUGAAUAUACAUUUGAUGGCUGCUGUUAUAAAUUUGGAGCAAAUAACAAGCUCUAUAAUAAAACUGAAAUAAUUCAAAGUAUGCCAGGAUGGGUUUUCCCUUCUAAGAUGCUUUGAGAGCUGGUUCAUACAUGCAUGUUUAUCAUUUCAUAAUUUGCAGCUGUACAUGUGAAUAGUGCCUAUUAAAAAGGAUCUAUAGCAUGGAUGGGGAAUUUCUGGCCACAGGACCAAAUCCCAUCCACUGGGGAUCAUAAUAUCAUUUAGUGGUUUCCCAGUUUUUGAAUAGCCUUUCCCUACUGUUGAAAUUCCUCUCCUAAUGCCCAGUUAGGAGCACUAAAAGUUUUGAGAUAAAUGAGACUGGUAUCUUUGAUUCUGCCCAGUGUCCCCAACCCAAAGAAUUUGUUUGGAGUUGAAUUCAGUCAUCAGAACUAGACUUGUUUGAACGAAAUAGCAUAAGGCGAUAUGACAAUUCUAUGAUAUCUAUUGGGUCACUACCAUGUCAUUUCAAUUUUCAACUGCACUGAGUGAUGAAUGUGCAUGUUUGAAUCUAUCAUGGAAGUUAGCCAAGAUCCAAUAAUCAAUCUGCAGGAUCAUGGCGAGCUAUCUAUAAUAUUAAAAAUAAUUUCCAUGAUUUUAGAGAAUGCUGCAUAAAUUUACAGUAGGAAUAUAUAUCUUGGCCAAAUCUUACUUGUGAGCUAAGGAACAUACACAAAUUAAAAAAAAACAAUAUUGGGAUUUCAUUUUUUUAAAACACUUGAAUUCAGUAGUGGGAUUCUGUAUAAAAAAGACAGCUAUUCCUUUGCAAGUAUUUUUAUUGAAAUUAAUGGUAACAAUAACUGCAAAAUCCUGUUUAUUUGGAUUUGAUUGUUACUGUUUAUAUCCAAAAAUAGUUUUUGUCUUCCAACAGUUUUCUUGGAAUGAAACAAAUUGACUUGAAA